UUCGCCCGUAUGUAUACGUUUAUGAAUUUUCAAAGUGGUAGUAUUACUACAGCUAUAACCGCAAUUAUCACAAAUAUAUCUUUUUGCUGUGGCAUGUGUCUCCCGGUGCUCAUCUAGAUUACGUUUAUUCAGCUGUUUAACAGCUGUCAAACUCUAUACAGAAUUGGCUUUAACUGUCAUGCUGAAAUUAAUUCACAAUAAGCUAAUUGUGAAUGUAAACGAUGUAAACAAAAACAAAUUUUAAACCAAAAAUAAUAUCAACAUACAUAUAUAAUUAAAAUAAUCUCAAUGAAUUUACAUUUACUUUAACAAAGACGACUUUUGGAAUUAAUUUCUGUUUACGUCUGUCAACUCGUUUGCCUCUAUCUGAUGCGUUGCCAGACUGUUGGUUUUGUAAAACCGUCUGUGGAAAGGAGAAAUUUUAAACUGAAGAGGAAAGUUUUAUAUUCACCUGAGGGAAAAUUGCUAUCGUGAAGUUGUUGUGAACAAUUUUCGCUGUACACUUUGAUAAUUGUACGUUAAAAGAACAACAAGCAGUUAUUGAUAAUCCCAUUGCGAACGAAGUGGAACUAAAGCAAGAACAAUUAACGGUCAAUGAUAAUGAAGAAGAAUUUCAAGAUUCUAACUGUUUAAGAGAAAAUGAGGCAACAGAAAGUGAGUCGUCCGAUGACAGUGAAGAUGAUUUUCAUGAUUCUGGAAGUAGUUUUACGGAGGAUCGUUCCUUGCUAAAGGUUUUACAUGUCAACACAGAUGAUAGGGAACUUAAGAAAAGUAAAAGGUGUCAAACUAAAACUGUAAAUAGUAGCAAAGAUUGCGAAGUGACAUUGGAAGCGAAAACUAGGGCUAAAGAUGAAUCAACAGCAGAUGAAAAAGAGUCGAAGCGACAAGCUAAACAAUAUAACUGUCCUGAAUGUCCUGAGAUAUUUACAAUUAAAAAAAUCUUGGAUAAACAUGUUGUGACUAUGCAUAAGGGUUACAAAUGUUCUCUCUGUGAUAAGCGUUACUCACGACAAUCACAGCUCAAAAUUCACUUGCAAUCUCAUAGUGAGGAAAAACCAAGAAUACCAUGUACCAACAUCGAUUGCAGACGAACAUUUAGCUGUCUGGAAAAUCUUAAUCGUCAUCUUGAAUUGCAUAUAAUGCCUGCAACUUUUGUGUGUACUGAGAAGGAUUGCCAAAAAGCCUUUCCCACCGAACAACGCCUAUUAGCACAUUCGAAAAAUCAUCAAAAACAUUAUAUUUGUGAUAUUUGUGCUUAUAGUUGUUGUUCAAAUGCCACAUUGAUCAUACACAAACGUAGACACACAGGUGAGAAACCAUUUCCCUGCGAAAUAUGUAAAAAAGAUUUUAUCUCAAAAUCAGCCUUAGGAGAACAUAUGCAUGUUCAUUGAAAAACGGGUAAUCAUGUUUGUAGGAUUUGGGGUGCAUCAUUUGUUAAUGAUAGAUAUUUGUAUCGUCAUAUGGUCAUACAUAAUUCAAAACGUUUUACGAAAUGUUCAUUGUGUGAUAAAGUUUUUCAAAACUCUAGAGGUUUAAGUAAUCAUAGGAAAUAUUGUCUUCAGUCAAAGAAAGCUUUGGAGAAAUCAAAUGAUGACAGUGAGGAGCUGCGAGAUAAUAAGCAUUAAGUAAAAAUCGCUCAUUUUGAUUUACAACCUAACUAAAUUGACAGCACUGCAUUUGACAGACGUGAUUCAGUGUGUACACAAAAUUAUUUUGUGAUUCUACGAAUUAUAUUUUGUAAAUUCC